AUGACUGAACUCAAACAUAUAUGUCUUUGCUUCUCACUAACACUUUUAAUACUGAGCUUAGCAGUUGAAUCCCUCAACACAGUCUCUCAGAAAUGGUCCGUUGGAAAUCACUUUGGUUACGAUGGAGGCUUUUGUCUUCCCGGUCUCUGCAUUAGAGCAGCCGGUGGCAGCAGAGUCAAUUUUGGGCGUGGUGGUCGCCGUGGCAGAGUUCGAUACAAUGGUAGCAGGGACAGGAUUGGUUUCAGACAGACCAUGUACUGCAAACCGGUGACUUGCUGGUCUGGCACAUGUCAUGCACUCCAUUUGCAUUUAGACAAAGGGCUGUAUGAAUCUCUCGUACACAAGAACGCAGCAAAACAACCAUUGAAUGUUGUUGAUUACAACAUCCCGGAGACGUUUAAACACAAUAAUGUCAACAAUAAUUAUAAAGUGCAAGAAGCUGCAAUGACACCACAAUCUAACUAG